GCGCAUCGCACCGCAGUAAGUCUUUUCUGGACCUCGAAGGACCGUCGCAGCACCCAGGACCGCUUCUUUUGACUCGCGAGGUUCGCGUGUGAGCAAACAUCAUAUGGACGUGAGUGCCAACCCCUUCAUAACUAUCGCGCUCCGCUAGUGUCACAACCCUGGCUCACCUACGAAAGCGGAUGCAGGUCGCUAUCGGGCACAUAACAUCUGCUAAUGCCGCGCCGCGGGCGCGAUAUGCCCGCUUCAGCUCGGUAUGCGAACGCAGUGUUCUAUCGACCGAUGUGGACGCCUUUUACACCACGCCGGGGCACCUCUAUCUGCGAGGCUCAACGGUCGCUCUUCAUAUGAUUUAAGAUUCUCGCGGAAGCCUGGCCCGCGAACUCUUCCUUUUCAUCGAUGCGCCCACUGUAUGAGCGAUCAGCGCAGCGCACCGC